ACACCAUCCCAAAAAGGUGCAAACUUGCUGUGAUCUGGAUCGUUGAAAUGCAAAAGUUAUGAUAUGUACCACUGGAAGUCCAAUGGGUUACAUGGUUUUUAGCCUUUUAGGCGGUAAAGCUUCAGCAUUUCUGCCGCCAAAAGCCACGGUGUCCCGUCUACGGUCUACCGGCGGCGCUCUUUUCGGCUUUUCCCCAUUUGGCAGAGACGCAGGGUCAGGAAAUCUCCGUCCCCAAAUGUUCCGACCGGCGAAGCACAAAACGGCUAGGCCCUGACCUAGCAAACAGUCUUUGUAGUUUCUAAUCUUUAUUUUUUUGGUAGAAAGUUUCUUAUCUUUUAUGUGUCGGACUUCGGACUUCGGAGAUAGUAGAAGCGUAGCACGUCCCUAAUCGGAGAAGAAGAUGGCCGAACCUUCUCCUUCCCCUCCACCGCCGAAUUCAACCACGAUUACAGACUUAAGCGUGGACUCGCUGGCUCACUGCGCCAAUUACCUCACUCUUCACGACCUUUCCAACUUCUCCAUCUCUUGCAAGUACCUUAAUGGCGUCACCCACUCGGAUUCCGUGUGGCAACGCCUGUUCAGAGAGCAAUGGCCGCAUGUUGUAAGGCCCAAUUUGUCGGAUAACUCGGGAUUCAGGGAAGCUUAUUUGGCCAGGAAGGCUGCUGUGCGGCAGUUCAGGUUUGCUGAUCCUUUGGUUGCAGACUUCUAUACAGAGGCCAAACCUUUUAAUCAUAUCCUAUUGGAUGAGGACGACAUUAUCUAUUCUCAGGGUAAUGUCAUUCAAAUGAUGGGCAUAAGUAGUUUGCUAAGGGGCAGAGAUUCCAUAACUAGACUGAGUGAUCAUGGAGCUAGAAUCACUUGUAUGAGUGUUUUCACUUGACUUGCGAAGUGCGGCCCAAAGAAAGCAGAGAGUGUUGGUAACCUCAAGCUGUGACCAUUCUAUUCGUGUGUGGUGGAAGGUAUUGUAUCAAUUACUUUUCAUUUGCCACUUUUUGGUUGCUCAAAAUCUUAUUUGCCUCACACAAUCGCACAUAAUGUGCUAAAUAUGACAAUUUGCAUUGUGAGAUGUUUUAUACACCAUUCUUAAGUUUCCUGAUGUGGUUUUGCAUUGUGGUUUCAUGGUUUAGGGUUCUUGCCAAAGAUGUCUUAGAGGGCAUAAUGGGUCUGUUUCGUGCUUGACGGAUAGAUUUCUCGGCGAUGGCAGUUCAACAGUACUAGCAAGUGGUGGUGAAGAUUGCACGGUUCGCCUUUGGUCCCUAGGUUCAAGUGGAAAACGUGGACAGCAUGCUUUAAAAGCUACUUUUUAUGGACAUGAGAAACCUAUCAAACAGAUGUCAGUUGCAGAGUAAGAUAUCAUUUCUUGCCAUUGCUCCUCCUCUCAAAACCUUGACUUCAGAAGAUACUCCCUUCCCCCCCCCCCCCCCCCCCCCCCCCCCCCCCCUCUCUUCUUCGUAUCUUCCAAGGAGUGUGGUAUUAUGUUUUGUUGUGGCUGAUUAGUACGUCAUAGUGUAACCUUUGCAAUGCUUAGACUGCUGAUCUGCUGGUGCCUACUCAUUUUAUGGUGACACUCGAACCUUUUUUCUCCCAUGUUUCUUCAGGCACAAUUCUUCCCUCUUGGUUACCAUCUCAAAAGAUUCUAAGGUAACCUACUAGUGAUUUGUAUUGGAUUCUCGUUACCCAGGUGCCUUGAAUUUUCUUGAUUCAAAGUCGUGAAAAAAACUGACUAUCUUGGUGCUUGCAAAAUGUAAUAGGUUAGGCUCUGGGAUACCACUACACCAUCUGCUGUUCGUUCUUCCUGCUGUUUGGGGAUGGUUUCUGUGCCUGGUGGUGCACCGAUUGAUUUGAAAUGGUAAGACUCAUUGCUUUACGUAGCCUCUGGAUCCUCUGUUGUAACGAUCGAUUUGAGGACCAUGCGGAAAGUUGGUACAACAGCAAUCUGUCGACAAAACUUAUUCUCAUUCGCCAUGGUGCCUUCAAAACCCUUGAUCUGCACGGGUGGAAUGGGCAAGUUAGUGCAUAUAUAUGGUCACUUGAAAGUUCUUUGUUUUCCCAGCUGUAAUCUAUUACUUUUUCAUCAUUGUCUGAACCAAAUGUCUUUUGGUAUGGUGCAGGAGCUUGAUUUGGGACAUUAGGAGAAACCAGGAGACAUUGAAACCACAAUCAGAGGUUGAGCUGGAAGGACCUGAUGGUCCAGUAACACAGCUACAUGCAGACCGGUACAAGAUUGUUACUGGAGGGCCACAGGAUAGAUUCAUAAAUGUCUGGGAAGCUGGUACUGGAACACGAACGAAUUCCUUUGUCUGUUCGGACCAUGAAGAUGCAGAAGAAACCAGCUCUGGAUGUCUGGUUAUGGCUGUCGACAGAGCUCGAAUUGCGACUGCUACUAGGGGCGAAGGACAUGGGAAGACCACAUUAGAGUCUCUAAUAUACAUCAGAGGACUUGAAAGAAGAGUGACAUAAAUCUGUACUAAUUCUCCUCCUUUCGAAUGUCUAGCUAAAUAGAUUUGUUAAAAACAGUUAGAAUACAUGACAAUUGAAGUAUGAAUAAUCGUAUUUUAGUAACAAAUUCAAUGAGUCACCUUAUUUUCGUAUUAGAAUGAAAUAAGAAAAAUGAU